UUCAAGUUUCGCGGCUUAAGCAGAUUAGAUUACCGUCGGUAAAGUAGCCAACGGUGGUUCUUGCGCUAACAAGACAAGUAGUGCGUUCCGUUUUAUAGUUACAAACCAAAAUGGCUGUCGUGAGUAGGCUUUUGCUUGCGACUAAUCGAAAAUUAUUUCAUACGAACGAGUUAUUGGGAAAGUUACUACGGAAAAACAACAAUUAUGCGUUGCAAAACCAAGGAAUGGUAAGACGCAUGUCGGAUCAUCGUGUUAUGGAAGUAACUGCAAGUCGAUGGCAAUGGCACAAAACUAAAGAUUGGCUGCAUUUUUACGUCUUUAUGGGCGUUAUACCUGCUGGUUUGCUCAUCUUUUAUUGCAACGUAUUUAUAGGGCCAGCCACCUUAGAACCAAUACCAGAAGGAUAUAUUCCAAAGCAAUGGGAAUACUACAGGCAUCCGAUUACAAGAUUUAUUUCGAGAUACAUGUCCCCAAACAUACAAAUGGAAUAUGAAAAAUUUCUUCACAAAGCCAAGGUAAUUUCAAACAAGAGAGAAUUGUACAAAUUGAAAGGUAGAAUACGUGAUCAAAUACGGGACUACGAAGACUAUAGAUAUUGGAGCUUUAAAGAAGGUAGUGCGAAAGAAAUAAUAGAAUUAAAGCAAGCUAUAGAUAAUAGAGAACUCGAUGCAUAAUACAUCAUAAGUAACGUAAAAUUAUUAUAAACUAGAAGGAAAAUCGAUCUUACAAAAUCCUAAAAUUCAAUAAAAAUAACGAAAGACGA